AUGUACAUCAACCCUAAAGCUCAACUUGACCUCGUUGAGUCAAACCGCAUUCCUCAGAACUUGCAGGUCACGUCCAGGACCAACGAGAGCAUUGAGACUAGGUGGGAUCUUCCAUCCAGUGUUUACGGAACACAGUUGUACAAGUACACCGUCUAUGCAACACCAACCAAGUCGGCGAUAAGUCUCACACAGCACAGCUGCACAACAAAUGCCAAUUCUUGCCGUGUGACCGAUCUCAUUGCCAACACCGCGUACAAUCUCAUGGUCCAAGCAUGCUAUGCUCAGGCACCAAAGUUGUGCGGUGUGAAUUCAAAGCCGCUGAUCGGCUACACCAGGCCUGGUGUUCCUCUGGAUCUGCGUGUGUUGGAAGCAUCCGCAACGGACAUAGUAGUGACCUGGAACGAACCAACACCCAGCACGGAGCCAAUCACCAAAUACGAGGUUGGGGUAACUGAUAACUUGGGGAAGAAUUGGACCUGCGAAUUUGUGAAGGAUGAAGGGCAUAAAUGCAGGAUUGCUGGACUCUCAGCCUGUCACGUUAUCAACGUCACUGUUCGUGCCUGCGCCCGUGAUGGUGACUGUGGUAUCAGUGCAUAUGAGACAGGGCCUUCACCACCGCCGUUAAAUGGUUUUGAGUUAAAGAAACUGACCACCUACACGGUGACAUUUGCAUGGGCGGGUAGACCGAUUGAGAACUGCGGGUCGACCACAAUCAGAAUUCAAGUGCACCCAGCUGGUAAAACAGAAAAUAUGUCCAGCAUCACCUGUACCGUGAAUGAUGGAAGGUUUCGCGACAUGCAAAGUUGCAAAGUGGAGUACCUUUUUGCCAAUACAAAGUACAACGCAACCGCUGUUGUAUGCUCGAAUGGACAUUUUGGAUGCAGUGAUGCUACACCCCCAGUGAUGUUCCGCACGAAUCCUGCUGCUCCGAAUGAGGUUCGCGUUCGCAAGAUCGGAACUACCAGCAUUGAAGUGACCUGGGCAGCUGGAAGUGGAGUGGGUGCGGAAGGCUACGAAGCCAGGGCUGAAACUUAG